UCUCACUGUAUUCCGCAGUUUCUAGAAGGGAUGCGCGAUCGUACACAAUUAAGUUAGCGUUUGCUCCUCUUCCAUCUCAAUUCAAUCCGUCACACCACCUCAGCUGCGCACAGUAUUCUUUUGUCGAUCAUCCUCAUCCACGCACCGUCUGCCACAAAAUCAGGCUGCGUUCCCACGACGCUACGGGGCUUUACUUUACGUUCAGCGGCCAGCCCGUGCACUGAAGCACCGCUAGGCCACGCGUUGUAGCGGGCCAGCUCCACUGCACCAAACCCAAUUGGCAGGCUUCUUGGCGCCUGCAGCCCCUCUUUACGCUAAAGGUUACCUACCUUCUUUCCCCCUCCCCAGUCGCCAAACCGCCCCAGAGCCUACUGUCGGGCCGUGCGAGAGCCAGCCGCAGAAUCCAAUUGCCUGUCGGUCGGUCGCCAGCCUUUCUGCUUCCUUCACAAUCUCGUCAAUCGCAUCAAAAAUACCCGUUUGUCUACUGGAAUCCGAGCUCUACUAUCCUCGACGAUUGCGAACUCACCCUGCGGCCGACUACUUGAUGGAAACUAGAAUUUGAGCUGGCGCAACGGCUUCAUCGAGACGCAGGCUGCCCAAGGCUUUGCAAACCUCUGCAUUCCGCUUUGGGUGACUCCCAACUUCGCUCUUCUGGGUAUUUGCGACUGAACUAUCAAGUGCUUUUUUGAUAGAUUACACAAUCCAACUACAACUCUAGUCAUAUCGCCUUCAAUUCGGUCCAGCUUAGAACCGUUCGCACACGAACGGCGGGCAACAUCGCCAACCCUCGAUUGAACUUGGAACGACCGUCAUCCUUCUCCCGAAACCAAACCCUACAGCCAGUCGGAUCCAUCGUACCGUAACCAUGUCGAGCUACGACCGCUAUAACUACUCUCCCUUGAGCACAACACGCGUUAUUGCCGAUGUCCUCGUCGUUGUUACUGACGCAGUAGCAUUUGGACUCGCCAUCACUGCGCUGUGUCGCAUUCGGAGACGUAAGGAUCCGGCCAGAAUCUCAUUUCUCUGGCUCAAGUGCACAUAUGCACUAUUCGCUGUUGCUAUGACUAUGCACGCCGCUGGUCUUAUUAUGAAAACAGUGGCGACAGCCGGGUUUGGGGGUAGUUCCUACUCUGGGUUUGUCUUUGAUGUGAAGGUACUCGCGCAAAUCGCAACAUUCUUCCUCGAUGUGGUACCGUCUCUGAUUAUCGUAACGCUUGUCCUAUUUGACGAAGGUAUCCGCAUAAUACGCCUGAAUAGUGCAGCAAAAGUCAGCAGACUACCACACCGGAUUGCAUAUGCUUGGUGCACGGUAACGAUACUCAUAACUUUGGUCACGUUUUCAGCAUGGAUUUUUGUGAUUCGAAGCACUAGGACCGUCUAUUCGUCAGGUCCCGACUAUGAUAUCAUCAUCGAUAAUAGAGUUCCCCAGGUUCGAGGCGCUAUCACUUAUCUGGGGAUUGUCGAUUAUGCGUUGAUGGCCGCGGCAGUCCUUUUCGUUGUUAUACGGUCGAUUUACCUCCGCAUCCGCACCCGCCGAAUUCGACAUGUUCGUCGACUUACCAACUACUACGUUGUGAAUGCUUGCCUCAUGAUCCUUACAGUUCUUUACACACCCCUAGGCGGAUUAAUCCAGUCACCUUUUACCAAUUUCAGCAUUAUCUCGUAUACUAGUGGAGACUCAGAAGGGUUAUCGGAUUUGAUUCACUGCGUGAUGGUCCUGUGGCCAUACUUUAUCAUCUUGACCAUCUUUUUUGCCGAAGGACUCAAAAAGCGCAACACAUUGGCGACAAUCACAGAAGCCCCAUUGAUGCAGGAGGUCGAAAGCAGCGCAGGCCUAGCUCCCACAUCCAACUCAACGGUGCCAGAUGCCUCUGAGACCAGUGCCGUCGCCACAACUAGCGACCCCUUGGCGUCAUCGUCACUGCCGACACCCGCAGCAGGAAGUGCCGCGGCUACCAGCAUGCCGCAGUACGAGGCCAACGCAUUUGCAUGGCCAGUCCCGAUUGAUGAGGCUCCGCCAGAGUAUUCUCUCCCUCAACGACCGCUGGGUCACUUGGAGAUACCUCCUCGAAACCCGAACAUUGCCUCUCACAACACGGACGAAAAUGAGGACCCGGCGCUGCCUGAUCAUAACGAAGCCAUGGGCUUAAAUCACCAAGCCGAUGGUUUGCGGCCUCGACGAAACUCGCUACCCGAGGAUUGGAAGCAUGGUAUGAAGAAAAAUUAGCCAAUCAGGCUUUGUGUGGGAAAGGCACGGCGUUACUAUUGGUUUUUGUUUACGAGCAUUGGCGUUUGAUUCAGCUUGGGAUACUGUAUUAGAACUGUAUAAAGAUCUAUAAGAUUCUGUAAUUCAUCAUG